AUGUCUGACAAGAGCGCCACUGAGCAAAAGCCACCUUCUUCCUCUGUUUUCUCCAUGUUUGGAGGUAAGAAAGCUGAAGAGCCAAAGAAGGAAGAAGCAGUAGAGAAGAAAGAGGAGGAGGAGAAGAAAGAGGAGAAGAAAGAUGACGAGGAGGAGCCAGAAUCCCCAGAAGUCCACUUCGAACCUAUUGUCCACUUGGAAAAAGUUGAUGUGAAGACCAACGAGGAGAACGAAGAUGUCUUGUUCAAAGUUAGAGCCAAGCUUUUCAGAUUCGAUGCUGAUGCCAAGGAAUGGAAAGAAAGAGGUACUGGUGACUGUAAAUUCCUGCAAAACAAGGAGACCAAGAAGGUCAGACUAUUAAUGAGAAGAGACAAAACCUUGAAGGUCUGUGCAAACCACUUGAUUGCUCCAGAAUACGUCCUAAAGCCAAAUGUUGGUUCUGAUAGAUCUUGGGUUUACGCUUGUACAGCAGACAUUGCUGAGGGUGAAGCCGAAGCUUUCACUUUUGCUAUCAGAUUCGGUAACAAAGAAAAUGCUGACAAGUUCAAGGAAGAAUUCGAAAAGGCUCAAGAAAUCAACAAGAAAUAA